CAAAGGAGUUUCCAUGGAGACCGAGGCUGGGCCCCGGCAGCCUCGCGGCGUUGCCAUGGAGACAAGUGCGGGGCUGGGGUUCCGCAACCCCCGAGCGCAGCCGGCUCAGAACCCCGCGGAGCCGCUCUGCGAGGCCCUAGCCGCACGCUGGGACCCGCGAAAACACUCUUUGCUCAUCGUGAUCGGGGAUAUCGGGACAGAAAGUCAGCUGAGGGCCGUGAGGGCCCACCUUGAACAAGGGAUUCUCUCCUGGAACAUUGACUUGUCAUCCUUUGACUUGAAUCAACAAUUGAGACUCUUCAUUACUCGGCAUCUAGCUCACUUCUCCUCAGAUGUCAAAGGCCAGAGGACUCUCUCCCAUCAGAGUGAAGUCCUCGAGACCGUCAUCCUGGUGAACCCCAGUGCCGACAGCAUCAGCUCUGAGGUUCACCAUCUCCUCAGCAGUCCAUCAGCUCACAAACUCCUCAUCUUGAGUGGGCAAACUUUAGAGCCUGGGGGAGACCUCAUCCUACAGAGUGGCUCCUACUCCUACCAAAGCUUUGCCCAGGUCCUGCACCACCCGGAGAUUGCCCAAUUGCUCAGCAACAGAGACCCUGGGAUCCAAGCCUCUCUCACCGUGUCCUGCUUGGGGGAGGGUGACUGGAGCCACCUGGGACUCUCCAGUUCCCAAGAGACCCUGCACCUCUGGCUAAACCCUGAGCCCACACUGCCCACCAUGGAUGGCGUGUCUGAGUUCUCAGAGUACGUCUCUGAGACCGUGGACGUGCCAUCCCCCUUCGACUUGUUAGAGCCCCCCACUUCAGGGGGCUUCCUCAAGCUCUCUAAGCCUUGCUGCUACAUCUUCCCCGGGGGCCGCGGGGACUCUGCCCUCUUUGCCGUCAAUGGCUUCAACAUCCUGGUGGACGGCGGCUCCGAUCGCAAGUCCUGCUUCUGGAAGCUGGUGCGGCACCUGGACCGCAUUGACUCGGUGCUGCUCACCCACAUUGGGGCGGACAACUUGCCGGGCAUCAAUGGGCUCCUGCAGCGCAAGGUGGCAGAACUGGAGGAGGAGCAGUCCCAGGGAUCCAGCAGCUACAGCGACUGGGUGAAGAACCUCAUCUCCCCUGAGCUUGGCGUCGUCUUCUUCAAUGUGCCUGACAAGCUGCGGCUGCCUGAUGCCUCCCGGAAGGCCAAGCGCAGCAUCGAAGAGGCCUGCCUCACGCUGCAGCACCUGAACCGCCUGGGCAUCCAGGCCGAGCCUCUGUAUCGCGUGGUCAGCAACACCAUCGAGCCACUGACCCUCUUCCACAAGAUGGGAGUGGGCCGGCUGGACAUGUAUGUCCUCAAUCCAGUCAAGGACAGCAAGGAGAUGCAGUUCCUUAUGCAGAAGUGGGCAGGGAACAGUAAAGCUAAGACAGGCAUCGUGCUGGCCAAUGGCAAGGAGGCAGAGAUCUCGGUGCCAUACCUGACCUCCAUCACAGCUCUGGUGGUCUGGCUCCCAGCCAGCCCCACGGAGAAGAUAGUGCGUGUGCUUUUCCCAGGGAAUGCUCCCCAGAACAAGAUCCUAGAAGGUCUGGAAAAGCUCCGGCACCUGGACUUCUUGCGCUACCCUGUGGCCACGCAGAAGGACCUGGCGUCUGGGGCUGUGCCUGCCAACCUCAAACCCAGCAAAAUCAAACAGCGAGCAGACAGCAAGGAGAGUCUCAAGGCCACCACCAAGACAGCUGUGAGCAAGCUGGCCAAACGGGAGGAGGUGGCCGAAGAGGGCGCCAAGGAGGCCCGCUCUGAACUGGCCAAGGAGUUAGCCAAGACAGAAAAGAAGGCAAAAGAGGCAUCUGAAAAGCUCCCAGAGAAGCCUGCCAAGCCCGAGAGGGUGAGGACCGAGUCAAGCGAGGCACUGAAGGCAGAGAAGCGAAAGAUGAUCAAAGACAAAGUGGGGAAGAAACACCUGAAAGAAAAGAUCUCAAAGCUGGAUGAGAAAAAGGACAAAGAGAAAAAAGAGAUUAAGAAAGAGAGGAAGGAACUCAAGAAGGAUGAAGGGAGGAAGGAGGAGAAGAAGGACAUCAAAAAAGAGGAGAAGAGGAAAGAUACCAAGCCUGAAGUCAAGAAGAUUUCCAAGCCAGACCUGAAGCCCUUUACUCCUGAGGUUCGGAAGACCCUCUAUAAAGCCAAGGCCCCUGGAAGGGUCAAAGUGGACAAGAGUCGGACUGUCCGAGGAGAGAAGGAACCGAUUUCUGAGCCCCGGACACCCCCAGCCCAGAAGGGGGUUGUCCCACUCCCGACAGUCAGUGGGCACAUGGAACUGGCCCUUUCCUCCCCCGAGGACCUCACACAGGACUUUGAGGAGAUGAAGCGUGAGGAGAAGGCCUUGCUGGCUGAGCAAAGGGACUUAGGGUCAGGAGAGAAACCACUCCCUCCAGAUAUGACAGAAGAGACUCCCACAAGCACAGUUAGCCAAGGAAUACCACCCUCUGUCACAGGACUGGAACAAGAAGAACCCAUGACAAAGGAAAAAGAGUUGGUCCUGGAUGCUCCCCAGGAGCCGAGUGGCAAAGACAGAGGCCCAGACUCCGGGGCUGAAACCAAGGAAGAGAAAGAGACGUGGGAGGAAAAGACUCAGAAAGAGACAGAGAGGCAAGAGCUGGAAGCCAGAGCUGAAAGUGAGCCUGAGAUGAAGGAGGAUGUGAUUGAAAAGGCUGAGGUGGAAGAAAUGGAGGAGUUGCACCCUUCAGAUGAGGAGGAAGAGGAAGAGACAAAGGCUGAGAGUUUUUACCAGAAACAUAGACAGGAAGCCUUGAAGGUCACUGCAAGGGGCAGGGAGGCUCUUGGAGGCCGGGAACUGGGACUCCCGAGUAAGGUCCCUGAGAAGGAGACCUCAUCUUUCCUUAGCAGUCUGGCCACACCUGCAGGAGCCACUGAGCAUGUCUCUUACAUCCAGGAUGAGACAAUUCCUGGCUACUCAGAGACUGAACAGACCAUCUCUGAUGAAGAGAUCCAUGAUGAGCCAGAGGAACGUCCAGCUCCACCAAGGUUUCCUGCAAGUACCUAUGACCUCCCUGGGCCCGAAGGCUCUGGUCCCUUUGAGGCAAGCCAGUCAGUGGACACUGCAGCCCCUGCCACCUCUAGCAAGGGUUAUGCAGCACCAGAGACUGAACUCACCUAUGCCCCCAACAUGGUGGCUGCCCCUUUGGCUGAAGAGGAACAUGUGUCCUCAGCCACCUCAAUCACGGAGUGUGACAAGCUUUCUUCCUUUGCUACAUCCGUGGCUGAGGACCAGUCUGUGGCUUCACUCACAGCCCCCCAGACAGAAGAGACAGGGAAAAGCUCCCUGCUGCUCGACACAGUCACAAGCAUCCCCUCCUCCCGCACCGAAGCCACUCAGGGCUUGGACUACGUGCCAUCAGCUGGUACCAUCUCACCUACAUCCUCGCUGGAGGAAGACAAAGGCUUCAAAUCACCGCCCUGUGAGGAUUUCUCUGUGACCGGGGAGUCCGAGAAGAGAGGAGAGAUUUCAGGGAGAGGCUUGUCAGGUGAGAGAGCUGUGGGAGAGACAGAGAAGACUGCAAAAAGAGAGAUGGCCGAGAAACUUCACAGUGAGUAUGGGACCCCAAUGUUUGGUGCCCCCGGGCACACCCUACAGCCAGGGGAAGCAGCCCCUGCAGAAGCAGAGGAGCGCUGCAUUAGCCCAGAUGACAGCACAGUGAAGAUGGCCUCUCCUCCACCAUCUGGCCCACCCAGUGCCACCCACACACCCUUUCAUCAGUCCCCAGUGGAAGAGAAGUCUGAGCCCCAAGACUUUCAGGAAGCAGACUCCUGGGGAGGCACUGUGCAUACACCAGGUGUAGGCAAGGAAGAAGCCACAGAGGAGACAGUCAAGCCAGCGCCCAAAGUAGUAGGUAUCCUCGAGGAGACAGGAAAGGUGUCCCUAGCCAAGAGCCCCCAGGUGCAGGAAGCACCCCCCAGCAUUAUUGGGGGACAGACUGGCUGCACCAUCCAACUAUUGCCAGACCAGGACAAAGCAAUUGUCUUUCAGACUGUGGAAGGAGAAGAGCCCACAGGCUUAGUCCUGGACACAGAAACCCCUUCCACAAGUUUGAGGACAUCAGUUCAAGAACCUGGUGAACCUCAGAAAAAUGAGAUGCCCCAAGACCAAAGCCUCUCUCCUGACGAUGCUGAGUCCCUCUCUGUCCUCAGUGUGGUUUCCCCAGACUCUGCCAACCAAGAGGCCAGCACCAGGUCUCCCUCUGUCGUGACAGAACACCAUCUACACAAAAACCUUUGGCCAGAGGCCUCUCCAGAAGAUACCAGGUCUCUUUCUCUUUCAGAAGAGAGUCCCAGCAAGGAGACCUCUCUGGAUAUCUCGUCUAAGCAGCUCUCUCCAGAAAACCUUGGAACCCUCCAGUUUGGGGAACUAAACCUUGGAAAGGAAGAAAAGAUUCAAGUGAAGCAGGUUGAGGACACUGCUCUCCACUUAACCCCUGGGCCCCUUCUAGAAAUCCAGGCAGCCACAGUGUCCCCUUUCACAGAGGGGACCCCUGGGUACUCUGCACAGGCAGACAUCCCAGAUGAAGGUCAUGAUAGAAAAGUACCUGUCAGCUCCUUCUCUCACUCUCCACUGUCAGGUGAUGGGAAACUCUCACCCGGAGUGAUCACAAGCCCUGGUGAAAACAUCCUGACAUCUGAGAGCUCCUAUGCCAAGAGUCCUGAGUCUUUGCCAAGUUCAGUCAUGGAAGACAUUGCCAUGGAGUGGGAAGGUAAAGCUCCAGAGUUGAGAGACAACACCCUGGAGCAGAAGGACAAGGGACCUGAGCCAAAGGGUGAAAUCCAGCCACAGAAGGACAAAACUCUGGAGCAGAAGGAUUUUGUCACUGAACAGAAGGACAUAGCUGGUCAUCAGGAAGGGGAGACUCUGGAGGAAGAGAGCAAGGUUGUGGAAGAGCACGAUCAGGCUUUCGAACAAAAAGGCAGGGACUUAGAACCACAGGACAUAGUCCUGGAACAGGAAGACAAGACCCUGGAAUCAAAAGACAAGACCCUGAAACAAGACAAGGUUCCAGAAGAGAAAGGUGAAGCCUUCGAACAAAAACUCAGAGACUCUGAAUAUCAAGGUAAGACCCCAGAGGACCAAGUGCCUGAACUGAAGGGCAAGGCCUCAGAUGAGACAGACAAAGCCCCUGAACAGGACAAGGCUCAGGGACAGAAGGAGAAGGCCUUGGAACAAAAAGAUACAGACUUAGAUGAAAAAGACAAGGGCCAGGAACAGAAGGACCAGGUCUUAGAAAUGGAAGAUCAGAUUGUAGAACAAAAAUACUGGGCCUUAGAACAGAAAGAUAAAGCCCCGGAACAAAGCAAAGCUGUUGAACAGAAAGAUAAAGAUCUGGAAGAGAAGAACAAAACUCAGGAGCAGGAGAGUCCAGUGCAGGAGGAUAAAAUGAUGAAACCAAAGGAGAAGAGUCUAGAAGAAAAAUCCCCAGAAAAAGCCAAGACUGCAGAGCAGAAGGAAGAAGCUCUUUUGGAGAAGACCAAAAGCCAGGCGCUGAAAGAGACUCCAGUGCAUGAGGAUAAGAUUCUAGUGCAGGAGGACCAGGAAGAGAAGUUCUGGCAAGAGCAAGAUGUGGUCAGGGAGUGGCAAGAAACAUCUCCGGUCAGAGGGGAGCCUGUUGGAGAACAGAAAGUGCCUGCCCCAACCUGGGAGGACACCGCUGCUGAACAGGAGGACUGGUACUGGCAGAGCAGAGAGAAUGUGACCCUGGAGCAGGACAAGUACUGGCGGGAACUGAGCUGUGAGCGGAAGGUCUGGUUCCCUCACGAACUGGAUGGACAGGGGGCCCGUCCUCGAUACACAGAGGAGCGGGAGAGCACAUUCCUCGAUGAGGGGGCAGAUGAUGAGCAAGAGGUGCCUCCCUUAGAGCAUAUGCCCCCGAGCCCCUGGGCUCCAGACUUCAAGGGUUUCCAGAAGAUCUCCCCACAGAAGGGUCUGGAGGUGGAGCGCUGGCUUGCUGAGUCACCAGUUGGGCUGCCACCAGAGGACGAGGACAGGCUGACCCGCUCCCCUUUUGAGAUCAUCUCUCCUCCAUCAUCCCCGCCUGAGGUGGAAGGACAGAGGGUUCCUCCCACCCCAGGACAGGAGAGCCCAAGUUCAGAGCCCAAGUUCAUGCCACCCGUGAGGAACGAACCCACCACCCCAUCCUGGCUGGCUGAAAUCCCACCGUGGGUGCCCAAGGACAGACCCCUGCCCCCAGUACCCCUCUCCCCUGCCCCAGCACCCCCCACACAUGCGCCAGAGCCACACACUCCUGCACCCUUCUCGUGGGGCACAGCUGAGUAUGACAGUGUGGUGGCAGCAGUGCAGGAGGGGGCAGCUGAGCUGGAAGGUGGGCCAUACUCCCCACUGGGGAAGGACUACCGCAAGGCUGAAGGGGAAAGGGAAGAAGAAGGUGGCGUUCGGGCUCCCGACAGCAGCGUCCAUGCCUCAAAGGUUCCAGAGGCCACUGAGAGCCACUCCACCAAGCAGCUCGAGCAGACUGAGCCCGAGGAGAGAGAGCCCACACCCUACCCAGAUGAUAGAAGCUUCCAGUACGCAGACAUAUAUGAGCAGAUGAUGCUCACUGGGCUUGGCCCUGCAUGCCCCACAAGGGAGCCUCCGCUGGGGGCAGCUGGGGACUGGCCUCCACGCAUCUCCACUAAGGAGGAAGCGGCCGGCAGAAACACGUCUGCAGAGAAGGAGCUUUCAUCUCCUGUCUCCCCCAAGAGCCUACAAUCUGACACGCCACCCUUCAGCUAUGCAGCGCUGGCGGGACCCACCGUACCCCCUAGGCAGGAGCCUGAGUCAGGGCCCAGUCUCACCCCACCUGCAGUACCCCCCCGUGUUCCUCUCCCCCUGAGCAAAGGCCCAGGAUCCCCACUUAAUGGUAACAUCCUGAGCGGUAGCCCAGAGAGAAGAACCCCAUCUCCCAAAGAAUCAGGCCGGGCACACUGGGAUGACAGCACUAGUGACUCAGAGCUGGAGAAGGGGGCCCGGGAGCAGCCAGAGAAAGAGGCCCAGUCCCCAAGCCCCCCUCACUCCACCCUGGCUGGGCCCUCCACCCUGUGGCCUGCAGGCAAGGCCCAUCCAAGCCCUUCCUUAGACCCACACCUGGGUUCUGUCCGACCCAGCCUGGACUUUCCUGCCUCAGCCUUUGGCUUCUCCUCUCUGCAGCCAGCUCCCCGACAACUGCCCUCUCCGGCUGAACCCCGCUCUGCACCCUGUGGUUCUCUUGCCUUCUCCGGGGAUCGAGCUCUGGCUCUUGCCCCAGGGCCCCCAACCAGAACCCGGCACGAUGAGUACUUAGAAGUUACCAAGGCCCCCAGCCUGGACUCCUCUCUGCCCCAGCUCCCAUCCCCCAGCUCUCCUGGGACCCCUCUCCUCUCCAGUCUGCCCCAGCCUGCCUCACCAGCCCUGUCUGAAGGCUCCUCCUCUGAGGCCACCACACCUGUGGUUUCCAGUGUGGCUGAGCGCUUCCCUCUUGGCCUGGAGGCUGCAGAACAGGGAUCUGGAGAUCAGGUCCCAGGGCUGGAGCCCACUGCUCACAGCCUUUGGGAUCUCACUUCUCUGAGCCCAGCACCCCUAGCUCCUGGGGACCCAGCCCCAGCUGCAGCUCCAAGCCUGCCUGCAGACUUGGAUGAAGGCACCUUGCCCUGCCGCCUGGAGUGCUCAGAUGCAGCCAAGAAGCCCAGCCCCUUGCAGGGUCCCUCUGGAGAUGGUGCCAGCAAUGGUCCAUCUGAAACCAGCCCCAAGCCCCCGGGUCCUGCCCCAACUGAAACCAGCCCCAAGCCCCCGGGUCCUGCCCCAACUGAAACCAGCCCCAAGCCCCUGGGUCCUGCCCCAACUGAAACCAGCCCCAAGCCCCUGAGUCCUGCCCCAACUGAAACCAGCCCCAAGCCCCCAGGUUCUGCCCCAGCUAAGGCGGAGCAUGAAGAGGCUGAGGCCUGCCCAGCCUGGGAACGAGGCACCUGGCUUGAGGAAGCCGAGAGAAGCUCCCGGCCUGACACACUGCCCUCCUCUGAGCAGUCACUAUGCCCUGGAGGGGCCUCUGGAGGUCUGUCCAGAAGCCUCUCCCCUGACAUGGAGGCUGGGCCCCAGGGAUGUGCUGCUGAGCCCCAGCCCCACCAUGGGGAGCUCUCCCCGUCCUUCCUGAAUCCAUCUAUGCCCCCAACCAUGGAUGACAGUGAUCUCUCAACUGAGGAAGCUCAGCUGGCAGGGAGGGGUGGGCGGCGACGGGGAGGGGGGCCAGAGGGCGCAGGGGGCCCAUGCCCUGUGGCUGAUGAGACACCUCCCACAUCAGCCAGUGACUCAGGCUCCUCACAGUCAGAUUCUGACGUCCCGCCAGAAACUGAGGAGUGUCCCUCCAUCACAGCUGAGGCAGCCCUUGACUCAGAUGAAGACGGGGACUUCCUGCCUGUAGACAAAGCUGGGGGGGUCAGUGGAACGCAUCACCCAAGGCUUGGCCAUGACCCCCCUCCUGUCUCCCAGCCAGACCCCCGCCCGUCCCCUCCCCGCCCUGACGUGUGCAUGGCUGACCCCGAGGGGCUCAGCUCAGAGUCAGGAAGGGUAGAGAGGCUCCGGGAGAAGGAGAAGGCACAGGGGCGAGUAGGGCGCAGGCCGCUCGGCAGGGCCAAGCCUGCUUCUCCAGCUCGGCGUCUGGAUCUCCGGGGAAAACGCUCACCCACCCCUGGUAAAGGGACGGCAGACCGAGCAUCACGGGUCCCACCACGAACACGCAGCACUCCAAGCCAAGACGAAAAGGAUGGACACAGCCCCGUGUCCAAGGGCCUGGUCAAUGGCCUCAAGGCAGGACCCACGGCCUUGGGUUCCAAGGGAGGCACUGGCCCCCCCGUCUAUGUGGACCUCGCCUAUAUCCCUAAUCAUUGUAGUGGCAAGACCGCUGACCUUGACUUCUUCCGUCGAGUGCGUGCAUCCUACUAUGUGGUCAGUGGGAACGACCCUGCCAAUGGUGAGCCGAGCCGGGCCGUGCUGGAUGCCCUGCUGGAGGGCAAGGCCCAGUGGGGAGAGAAUCUGCAGGUGACUUUGAUCCCGACUCAUGACACAGAAGUGACGCGUGAAUGGUACCAGCAGACUCAUGAGCAGCAGCAACAGCUGAAUGUUCUGGUGCUGGCCAGCAGCAGUACCGUGGUCAUGCAGGAUGAGUCUUUCCCGGCCUGCAAGAUUGAGUUCUGAAAGGGCCCCUCUCCCCUCCCCACACACCUGCUCCCCCAGCUCCCUUAGCAAAUGGCUACCGCCUAGUCCUUCCUAGUCCAGGGAGAUGGGAGCUGGGGAGCAGGGCAGCGACAGGAUGUCUUGUGAGGAGUGGGGCUGGGCUGAAUGGGAGGAGUUGUUCUUCCCCCUCAUGUCAAAACCAAAGGUAACAGAGACAGGAUCGGGAGGGGGCUAGAUGGUUGGCACAGGAGGUUACCCGGUACCAGAGAACCCUGGAGUGACACCCUCUCUAGCACUGCCAAAUGCUGGUCUUGGGUGGGGAGCAAGAUGGGUCUCAGAGAGUAACUUCCUCCUUUCUGGAGGGAGAUCCUAUCCCAAGCCCCAGGGACCUCUUUAUCGUAAUCUAUUUAUUUAGCAACCCAAGGAAAGAUCUCCAUUAGUAAUUUAUGUGACCUAGGGGCAGGAUACUGUCUGUAAGGUGCCCAGGGCUGUGUCCUUUUCCUCCAUCUCCCAUCCCCCUACCCACUAACACUGGGGUUCAGCCAGGGGCCUGGGGGCACACCCGCUGCUACACUGUCCCACUGCUUCCCUCUAUAUCUGAAUGUCUCAAUCCAAAACUUGAAGCUCUUUUAAUCAACAGACUGGUGAGAGAGGAAGGAGAUUAUCGGUUGCUGCUUCAUACCAUUUGCAUUCAGGGCAGUACCCGGACCAGGCCUACCGGGCAGUGCAAAGGGGCAAGGAGAGCCCAGCCCCCAUCCCAGAAUUCUUCCAAGCUUCCUGACCGAUAGAAAUCUUCACCUGCCCACUUGGAUUAUCCUGCCCCUUUCUCAUCCCCUGCUUGGCUUGUCUGCAUGUGGUCAUCUGCCAUGGCCUGGUGUAUAAUGGGUUAAAAAAUAAGCCAUUGCCUGACAUCCCAACAUAUGACACCCCAGCAAUGUGUGACACUCCCCCCCCAACAUUCCACGAUGCCAUCAUGCAGCUGAAAUGGGAACACUGGCUGCCUUUCCAGCCUCAAACUCUUGGAUAAAGGAUCUGGGAAGUGGACACCAUGCCAGAGGACUUGGGGAAAAUGAGAGGGAGGAAGGAAAAAGAGAGGGGAAGCUGAGGAGAACUGAACUACUGAAUGAGAUGAAAAUAGGCGGAAAAGACCGCUCCAGAAGAGGACCUCGCCCCAAGCAAGCCCAUGAGCAGCCCUGCCAGGCUAGGGCUGGCUUGGAAACCCAGACACUGGCUUUUUCUCGACAGGGCUUGGCUCUCAGCCAAAUGACUGUGGAAAGCAAAAUGAACUUGCCUUGUGUUCUCCCUAGCUCCCACCCUCUGCUGCCUUGCUCUGCUUACCCGCCCCAACUCCUUGCUGUAGUUCUCAGCUGCUGUAAUGGAGCCGCCUCCAACUCUAACAAUAAAUCAAGUUCAUUACAGAUGCGGCA